UCCAGACUCAUUUUUAUAAGAUUUGUGAAGAAAAUGUCAGAUUUUCGUGAUGGAUAUGGAAACCCAAAUCGCCAAACAGACGAAUAUGGGAACCCAAUCCACCAAACAGGUGCACCUGGCUCGGGCAUGCAUGGUGGGAUGGCUCAAACAGGUCAGGGUGUUGGAGAACCAGGUAUGAUGCAUGGCUCGGGCAUGCAUGGUGGGAUGAUGGCUCCAACGGGCCACCAGACCGGUGCAAUGGGUGCGGGCGUUGGCAGUGGGCCCCAGCAGCAGGGGCAGCGUCAUGGCCUUUCGGGCAUGCUUCAUCGAUCCGGGAGCUCCAGCUCUAGCUCUGGCUCGUCGGAGGAUGACGGGCAGGGAGGGCGUAGAAAAAAGAAGGGACUGAAGGAGAAGAUAAAGGAAAAGCUGCCAGGUGGCCACAAGACUGAGACCGAGCCGUCCGGGUUCGGGCACGAGGGCGGGCAGUACGUCGGGCACCCCGACCAGCAUUCUCCGGAGAAGAAGGGCAUUUUGGAGAAAAUCAAGGAGAAGCUGCCCGGCCACCACUAGACUUGCGUGUUGAUGCCGCUACCUCAUGAUAAAUAUAGUAUAGUGUAUGUAAAAAGAGAAUAAGCUGACUCUUGCACGUGUGCAUGUGCAUUCGUGUGUAUAUGUCUAGCCCUUGGAUCAUGUGAUGCUUUUUUUUCUUAUUAUCAUGGAGAAGUUUGGAUUUGGGCCGGUUGUAAUUUUACCCUCUAGUGGUUUGAUUGUCUAAUGAUUGGGCUCGUUUGUGUUUUGGA